AUGGGGACUCUUCGGAACGUCGCUGGUGGCUUUGGUGCCGCGUUCGCAGCCCUGCUCAUCCUCGCCCCGGUGAAGACAAUGAAGGAUAUCAAACGGGACAAUUCAGUCGGCGAUCGCUGGGUUCUGAACUACGUAGCUACCUACGCCAACGCUGUGUGCAUGGUGGCCUACACGAUGCCGACCAAACAGUAUUUUCUCGCCAUCAUCAACGCCGUGGCCGUGUUUGCAGAAUUCGGCUACUCGUGUUUCUACCGCCACUAUGCAGAGGGGCGCGCAAAAACUAUCGCCACCUGGGCGAUUCUGGGGGAGCUCCUUUGGGGUGCAAUCGUCCUGGCCGCCUACUUCUCUGCCUUCUUUGGUGGACGCCGCGAGGACCUGCGAGUCAAGCUCUUCGGCACCCUUGGAGCUGUGACGUCUGGUGCUAUGUACUUGGCUAUGAUUCCUGAUACGUGGGCAGUCUUCACCACCCACAACAUCCAGAAUCAGAACAUAUUGCUCCUCCUCACCGCGCUUGCGAACUGCACUGCCUGGACAGUUUAUGCCAUCAAGCCAAGGGACCUCUUCAUUCAGUAUCCUAACGGUGGAGGGAUAGCACUUUCCGCGAUUCAGACGAUGGUGUGGGUGGCUGUCUGGCUCAACAACCGGAACGCCGCGCCGGCACAGCAACCACUGCAGAACCAGCCAGCCGCGCCUCAGGAGAACCAGCCAGCCGCGCCUCAGCAGAACCGGAACGAGCAGGUCAUCGAGCUCCCGGUGGUUCUGCCAUAG